CCCGCCGCAGGUCAGAUGUUCCUGAUGGACCGGUUCCUGGGCGGGACGUUCCUGACCUUCGGCCUGGACGUCAUCAAGUUCAUGGAGGACGACCAGGAGGUGCGCGUGGACCCCAUGAUCUUCGUGUUCCCGCGCAUGACCAAGUGUUCGUUCAGCAAGUUCGGAACGUCGGGAGAGCUGGAACGCUACGACUCGCUGUGCAUCUUGCCCAUCAACAUCGUCAACGAGAAGAUCUACAUCUUCCUGUGGUUCUGGUUCCUCCUGCUGGUGUUCCUGACCUUCUUCGUCCUCCUGUAUCGCCUCAUGAUCAUCCUGAGUCCGCGGAUGAGGGCCUACCUCCUCUGUCUCCGGUUUCGACUCAUCAACAAGGAGGUGAUCAACACGAUAGUCAGGAAGAGCAAAAUGGGCGACUGGUUUCUCUUCUACAUGCUCGGCCAGAACGUGGACACGCUCAUAUUCAAGGAGGUCAUGCACGAGUUGGCGAAGAGGUUGGGCCAUGCAUCCAAAGACUUCGGCGAGCCCUGAGCACCGUGUAAAUAGCCACAGGGUGUUUACCACGACCGUCUGUGAUUCUAACGCACCUAGCUUAAGAUAGUGUCCCAGUCAACGAAGAUCGCGGCCCCCUCCUGCGCGUCUCCAGAUCCUG